AUGGUGAGACUUUGCAGCUGGGGCAGUCGUAGUUCCGACUGGUGGGAAAAUGGUCCUCCGCCAAGGGCUGUCGCUGGGGCCGGAGACCGCGGCGCGGGUGGGCGGGCGCGGCGGGGGUGGGCGGAGGAGAGGCGGCGGCCGGGAUUGGCCAGCGGCGGAGGGGGCGGGGCCGCGGAGAGGAGCACUCCGCACAGCCAUGGCCGCUCCUCGCGACAGGGUAGCGCACUUGCUGAGGCAACUGCAACGCGCAGCAUGGCUGUUUCAAAUAUUAGAUAUGGAGCAGGAGUUACAAAGGAAGUGGGCAUGGACCUACAAAACAUGGGUGCUAAAAAUGUUUGUUUGAUGACAGACAAGAACCUCUCCCAACUGCCUCCUAUACAGACAGUGAUGGAUUCCUUCGUGAAGAAUGGCAUAAACUUUAAGGUUUAUGAUAAUGUGAGGGUGGAACCAACCGAUAGAAGCUUCAUGGAAGCUAUUGAAUUUGCCAAAAGGGGAGCUUUUGAUGCCUACGUGGCCAUGGGUGGCGGCUCCACCAUAGACACCUGCAAAGCCGCUAAUCUGUAUGCAUCCAGCCCUGACUCUGAUUUCCUGGACUACGUCAAUGCCCCCAUUGGGAAGGGAAAGCCUGUGACUGCGCCUCUUAAGCCUCUGAUUGCAGUCCCAACUACCUCAGGAACUGGGAGUGAAACUACUGGGGUUGCCAUUUUUGACUACGAACACUUGAAAGUAAAAACUGGUAUUGCUUCGCGAGCCAUCAAACCCACACUGGGCCUGAUUGAUCCUCUGCACACCCUGUACCUGCCUGAGCGGGUGAUCGCCAACAGUGGCUUCGAUGUGCUUUGUCACGCCCUGGAGUCCUACACUGCCCUCCCGUACCACAUGCGGAGCCCCUGCCCUGCAAACCCCGUCACCCGGCCAGCCUACCAGGGCAGCAACCCCAUCAGUGACAUCUGGGCAGUCCACGCGCUGAGGAUCGUUGCUAAGUAUCUGAAGAGGGCUGUCAGAAAUCCUGAUGAUCUUGAAGCAAGGUCUAAUAUGCACUUGGCAAGUGCUUUUGCUGGCAUUGGCUUUGGAAACGCUGGUGUUCAUCUGUGCCAUGGAAUGUCUUACCCAAUUUCAGGCUUAGUGAAGACAUAUAAAGCAAAGGAUUACAAUGUGGAUCACCCACUGGUGCCUCACGGCCUUUCUGUGGUACUCACCUCCCCCGCAGUGUUCACUUUCACGGCACAGAUGUCUCCUGAGCGCCACCUGGAGAUGGCAGAAAUACUGGGAGCCGACACCCGCACUGCCAGGAUCCCAGAUGCUGGGCCUAUUUUGGCAGACACGCUGCGGAAAUUCCUAUUCGAUCUGGAUGUGGCUGAUGGCCUAGCUGCCAUUGGCUACUCCAAGGCCGAUAUCCCCGCAUUAGUGAAAGGAACACUGCCCCAGGAAAGGGUCACCAAGCUUGCACCACGCCCUCAGUCAGAAGAGGAUCUGUCUGUUCUGUUUGAAGCGUCAAUGAAACUGUAUUAAUUUUCAUUUUCACUGAAAGAAUUACCAUUGGCCAUCGUAAUUCUGAAAACAGAAGUUGAUCUAGCAAGAGCUUUGUCUUUUCACCUCCACACGUAACUUCCCUGUUACCAGCUUGAAUGUGAUAUAAUUUUAUCCUGUAGAAGAUUCCCUGAUGCUCCAAGUCCAGCUACUUCCAUAGAACACAAUGGACAAACGCCCACCAUGCUGGACCCUCAGCCAGACUUCAGAGGUCCAUGUUCCUGCCCCAAACCCUGCACACUACCCCUGCUCCAUGUAUCAAAAGGGCAAACACUCAGUAUCUACCAAAAAUAUUAAUGUGUAUAUCCUAUGCCCAGUAAUCAACCCCACAUCUAGAAAUUUAUCCUAGAAAAUACUAGCACAAGUGUGUAAAGAAAUAACGCAAGGAUGUUUCUGGCAGCGCAUUUUCUAAUAAUAAAAAAUUUGAAAGAA